AGUUUUUUACUGUGACAUUUUGACUGUCGCCAUAUUUACGAUAUUUACCAACAACACGGCAUCUUGAAACUUUGUUUUUUGGUUCAUGGAUGAUCGAUCGAUUCCAACGCUAGAAUAUCAGAUAAUAAAACCUCUUUAUAAUGACACGGCACGCUCGAAAUUGCACAGCAGGAGCUGUCUACACCUACCAUGAAAAGAAGAAAGAUGCAGAAACAUCUGGCUAUGGUACAAAUCAUCGACGUAUUGGCAAAGAUUCAGUCAAGAGCUUCGAUUGCUGCUCUCUGUCCCUUCAACCGUGUCUCAAUCCGGUUAUAACCAAAGACGGCUAUUUGUUUGACAAGGAAUCCAUUCUGCAGUACAUCAUCACAAAGAAAAAUGAGUACAGCCGAAAAUUGAAAGAAUACGAAAGACAGAAGCGUAUGGAGGAUUCAGAAGUAGCUGAUAAUAAUGCAGCUGAGGAGCAAAAGAAAUUGCAAAGAUUCAUUAACACUGAACACAACAUUGUCGGAUCGCUAUUGAACCAACCCGGAACAAGUAGCAGUGUAUCGGCUAUAUCUAACAUGACAAAUGGCAAAGAAAAAGAACUACCAAGCUUCUGGGUACCGAGCCAAACUCCUGCUGCCAAAAUAAACAAAUCCGAGAAACCCGAUCCCACCAUUCUCUGUCCAGUAUCCGGUAAACCGUUGAAGGCUAAGGAUCUCAUCGACGUUAAAUUUACUCUGGUCAAAGAUCCGGACGAUAAAAAAUCACUAAUUGUCAAGGACAAUCGUUACAUGUGCGCAGUAACUCACGACAUUCUGAGUAAUUCCGUACCGUGUGUUGUUUUGAGACCCACCGGCGAUGUGGUUACACUUGAAUGUUACGAGAAAUUGAUCAAGAAGGACAUGCUCCACCCGUUAAACAAUCAGAAAUUGAAGGAAAAGGACAUCAUUUUCAUGGAACGGGGUGGAACUGGUUACUCAACAACAAAUGAAUCGUUGGAGGGCAAAGAAAAGAGGCCAGCAUUACAGGUGUAAUUUUGAUUUCGAAUUUAUUUACAAAUAAAAAUAAUGUUUUUUGAAUCAUAUUCGGCCUUGUUUCGUCUUUGAUACAUCUGUAGCAAUGAUUUAAAAAGAGUAGAGUCAAGACUCUGAAGUCAAAGUA